AACAGCAUUAGCAGACGAAUUUGCAAGCAAGUCAAUUAGUAAAUUAGAGAAAUAAAAACAUUUCAUCAAAAUGGAAAAUGAGCAGUCAAAUUCGAAAACCAGAGAUCCGGAGUGGGAAAUGUACCGAAAUAUCUCAUCAGAGGCUUUCGACCUUGUCGAUGAUGUAAUAAAUAAAGCUAUAGGGCAUUUAGAAAAAGAAAUGAAGGGGAGAGAAAACACAUUAGAGUCGAUUAAAUUUGACAUGUCUAGGUCUUCAACUCUAAUAUAUGACACAGAUCCCAACGUUAAAAAUAUUGAAUGGCUUAGCAUAGCUAAUUUUUCAGUGGAUGACGCUGUUAAGAAAAUAAAUGAAUUCAUCCAGACAUGGGAGUUCGAUCAAAGUUGGUUAUAUUGCAUCGAUUUUAUAAAAGAGGAAGAUUUAAAAUAUGACUGGCGAUAUAAAUUUCGUGUUCGCUGGAGCAUACCAACUAGACGGCAACCUAUUCCCCGAGCUAGUGCGUCUGUUUAUUUCGUUUUCACCAAAUCAAAGAUUAAACCCGAAGGAUAUCCAGUUGAUGUCUUUUACGUCUUUGAAACUCAAAGACUCGUACACAGGCCCGGAAAGUCGAAAUUUAGAGAAAAAUGGCUAAAAGACAUUAUAGAAAGUAAGGUACUAAUGCUAGAAGCGGUUGAAUUUUAACGUAUUUUCAAUGCCUUAAUUGGAUUCGGGAAGCCUGCAUAGCAAUAUUUCGUCAUGAGAUAAUCUAUUAAAACUGUCGGCAAAUAUGGAGACACAUUCAUGAGUAACUGUACAAAAAAAAGAGAAUAAUAUUUGU